AUGAUAAAGUAUUCUUUCUCGGUGAUGCCCACUCAGCGGCAGCCGGCGAUGUCCAGAUGUGCACGAUGCUGUGGAUCCAGCCAGUCGCUGCUCGCCAUACGGUGCAGAGCAGAGGAUGGAAGACUGAGCGUCCCGGUCACCUAUAAUACAUUAUCUGUAGGAUACAUAAUAUCUAUUCCAGAUAGGUGGUAAUGGCUUUUUGACAACCUGUAUCUGCUCUGCUCAAUCAGUUUUCCUCCCUUUUUAAAUGAUCUCUGUCAUCCCUGUGGCUUGCAGAUACGAUUUCUCUGCAGUGCGCCCACUGACUGUUCAGAUGGUCAAUAAUAAGUUUCACAUUGAUUUGAAUGAAUAAUUACAUAAAUAAUGACUUGUUGAUGUACCUUUGUUUAUUAUCUGACAGAAUAACUUAUUUUUCGUAAUGGGAUUUUUUGUCGUUGUUGCCUGUCUUCACCAUUGCCUUUGUAUGGACACCAUAAUCAACAUUUUGGUUGACGAAGUCUGCACUUUACCAUUGACACAUGUUAUGCAUAAUGUUACCAGAAGACUGUCCUGUCUCGUAACUCACUCUAGUUGUGAAUAUCUUGUCCACUGUUAGACUUGUCUGUACUGCUGUUGUCAUUUACUUGGCUCAUGGCAACUGCAAUCAAAUCAGGGUGGUCUAUUGGAGAGAGCCUGUACUUACACAGAGCAUCUAUUGUCUGCCAGGGAUGGUCCGAUGGGAUAUGUGCACACACAUAUGCCCUAUUCUCUUAUGCCAUGUUUCUGUCUGCAGGAGCUUUCUUCUGUGGAGUGUUCUUCUGUGGAGUAUUCUUCUGUGGAGCGUUCUUAUGUAAUAGGUUUCAGAGGGUUGGUCAUAGGCCCAUAUCAUUCACCGGAGGGUAUGGCUAUACCUUUUGGUUGAAUCAAAUGUUUGAGGUCCAUCACUUGGCAGCAUGGCAUACAUAGGCUAAAUGUCAUGGUCUGCUAGCCCUGCAUCCAGGUUCAUGUAUCCUAAACUCAGCAGUGUGGGAGAUGGCAGAGAAAGGAAGAUAUCAUAGAGAACCUUUAGUUUCAGAUUAGGCUAGUUGUUUUAGUGGUUGUCUGGUAUUUUUACUAGUUGCUUGCUUCUGCUACCACUCAAACACUAAGAAGAAAAGCUGUAGUCUGAGCCACAUAAUCCAUUCCAUUGUGUGUUGUGAAAACAUGCUUACUCAAAGCUUUAAGUAUGAUUACGCCAUUAUUUGGAGAAGUCUGUGCACACACGGGCUCAUACACACACACACAGUCUGACCCUUCCAGUGGUUGUCCUAGCUGUGGCGUGAGCUGGACUGUUGGCACAAUGGCGACGUUGAGCUUUCUCCAGGUGGCCUGCCUGCGCGGACAAGACGAGAGGGUGGCGUGGUCACACAAAAGGCCCAUUCACAAUCAGUUAAGGAAGCAGUGAUUCCCUCUUACUGCGGCCUGUCUGCCUGCCCACCAACCACAGGAGGGAUGGCAAAAUAUUACUCAAUUAAUCCACUGUGUUAUGGUCGUAUGCCAUUUCCAAACCUCCUGCCCUGUUGUACAAAGCUCAAUUAUUGAGCAAUUGUUUCCCUUCCUUAUUCAUUCUUGAAGUUCUUUUGAUUGUUCUAUUGGUUGAAGCUUUAUAAUGGACAUAAGGCCAGGCACCACACCCUAAUAGGGUAUUUAACCCCCUUACAUCAUAUCACAAUCAACUUUUACCAGUUAAAUGUGGACAGAAAUAUAUUUUUUGUAUAUUCUUCCCCCCAGAAAUAUAGUAUGAAAAUAUGCAAAUUAGGUGAUAUCUCAUUAAAUAUUUACAUAUCACACAAAUAAAAUUCUGGACACAGGAAGAAUUCAUCCUAAAUAUUUUGGUUUCAUUUUGUUAAGACACACCUGGACAGGACUUACACAUUAUAACUGAUUGUGAAUAAAUACGGUUUUACAUCUUUCUAUCUGUAGAACACUAAAGAAAGGUACGUAAAAUUAAUUUGGCACAUUUUUCAAUAAUCUAGAAUAAAAUUUGACAACCUAUGAACAAUUCCCUGUGUAUAAGACUGUCUAAGGAUAACCACACAAGAUGUGGUGAAUGCAGAUGCUUCUGAAGCUGAGGAAAAUGAGUUAGCGCGUGUCACGCUGGUAUAAAGGAUUUGAGACAGGCGAAGGAAUACACAAUAGGGAUUUUUAAUACACCCAAAACUAAUACGUAUACAAAAAAACACUGGGCUGUACCCAAACAAAAGAGCGAGGGUAAACCUCGUUGAACGCCACAGGACUAUACCCGUAAUACACAAUAUAUAAAGCACGCAGCAUAACAGCUGCAGCAACGCAUAGGUACUCACACGACCAACGGACAUGGGAACAAUAACCGAUAAAGACAGAGGGCACAUAUAUAACAUACUAAUCAGGGGAAAUGGGAACCAGGAGUGUGUAAUCAGACAAGACAGUCCGGGGUUGAUGAUAAUGAAUCCCGUUCAGUGAAGCCUAGAAAGCCGGUGACGUAGACCUCCGGAACUGGUGAACAGAAUGAGCAGCAGUACCGGGGGAUCCGUGACAGCGCGUGAGAAAAGUCUGACUUUCGGGAAAUGGCAGUUAAAGACAAGGACACUGAAUUUAGACUACCAAAUGAGAAACAUCUAUUUAGAAAACAUUCUCUAUGAAAUGGGCUUUUAAAUGAAGUGUGAUUCAAUGUUGUGAGCUUUGAAAUUAUGGAUGUAUGUCCAUUUAAAAGGGGUUACAAUUCAUAACAUUUUGAGGACGGUAGUAUGAUAAACUACCGAAUAUAUAAAUUUCAUCAAGCUUUUGACAUUUUUACUUUUUGGAAAAUACUAAUAUUAAUGGACCAAAAUACCCUAAAAUUGCAAAAUUGAUAAGUACAUGCAAAAAUGUCAUUUUAGUGCCUGCUCCUAUCACGAGUGUGAAUUCCAAAACAGGGCUCGUAAACUGCAGCCUCGCCCAUCUGGUGGAGGGAGAGAAAGGAAGGGAGAGAGAGAGGUUUAACUUGUUAGUCAGGUUUCUCAAGCAGGGAAUCCCAAUGCAGUCAGAAUAUGUCAGUAUGUCAUUGAGUUGUUAGCAGUGGAGAGAUGAAAUGUGUCACACCUUUCCGGCUAUGUUUCCUCCUCACCUAGGCUACUUUCUUAUCUGUCUGUCAAUAAAGCAUAAAACAUACAGGAGAGUCACUGUCCUUUAAAAAGAGAGAUGAACCCCAGAUCUCCUCAUGGCCUCCUUCACCAGGUCUCCUCAAGGCCUUCUUCACCAGGUCUCCUCAUAGCCUCCUUCACCAGGUCUCCUCAUGGCCUCCUUCACCAGGUCUCCUCAUGGCCUCCUUCACCAGGUCUCCUUAAGGCCUUCUUCACCAGGUCUCCUCAUAGCCUCCUUCACCAGGUCUCCUCAUGGCCUCCUUCAGCAGGUCUCCUCAUGGGCUCCUUCAGCAGGUCUCCUCAUGGGCUCCUUCACCAGGUCUCCUCAAGGCCUUCUUCACCAGGUCUCCUCAUAGCCUCCUUCACCAGGUCUCCUCAUUGCCUCCUUCACCAGGUCUCCUCAUGGCCUCCUUCACCAGGUCUCCUCAUGGCCUCCUUCACCAGAUCUCCUCAUGGCCUCCUUCACCAGAUCUCCUCAUGGCCUCCUUCACCAGGUCUCCUCAUGGCCUCCUUCACCAGGUCUCCUCAUGGCCUCCUUCACCAGGUCUCCUCAUGGCCUUCUUCACCAGGUCUCCUCAUAGCCUCCUUCACCAGGUCUCCUCAUUGCCUCCUUCACCAGGUCUCCUCAUGGCCUCCUUCACCAGGUCUCCUCAUGGCCUCCUUCACCAGAUCUCCUCAUGGCCUCCUUCACCAGAUCUCCUCAUGGCCUCCUUCACCAGAUCUCCUCAUAGCCUCCUUCACCAGGUCUCCUCAUUGCCUCCUUCACCAGGUCUCCUCAUGGCCUCCUUCACCAGAUCUCCUCAUGGCCUCCUUCACCAGAUCUCUUCAUGGCCUCCUUCACCAGGUCUCCUCAUGGCCUCCUUCACCAGGUCUCCUCAUGGCCUCCUUCACCAGGUCUCCUCAUGGCCUCCUUCACCAGAUCUCCUCAUGGCCUCCUUCACCAGAUCUCCUCAUGGCCUCCUUCACCAGGUCUCCUCAUGGCCUCCUUCACCAGGUCUCCUCAUGGCCUCCUUCACCAGAUCUCCUCAUGGCCUCCUUCACCAGGUCUCCUCAUGGCCUCCUUCACCAGGUCUCCUCAUGGCCUCCUGCUUUGUUCUGAGUCUUAGUACUCUGGCACCUGGCAAGGCUCACAUAUGGAUCAAGUCACGGUGUUGACACAGCCUCCUCUCCUCCUCAUACAACACUACCUUUGUACUCUCACCUAUCACCUGUACAGUCAGUCUCACUUGUGUUUUAAUACCAGACAGCCCCUCCCACAGCGGUUAGCCCCUUCUCCUGUGUGAUGUUAUAAGUCAUUACCCAGUCUCAGAUAGAAAAGGCAUCGGUCACUCAGUGUAUCCAACCACUGGAACAGUCACACAUGACAUAAGUUUAAUCAUCCAUUUUAUUGCUAUCUAGACAAAUAUUACAGCAAUAACGUACGUGUGGUCACAGUUAUGAGUUCCAACGCCACGGUGCAAACAGUUGGAGUUUUGUCGUGUAUAGUUUUUUCUUCCCUCCCAAUACGCAGAGUCAUCGGCUGAGCCGAUCUAAUUGAGAUAAUUUGUUCACUUUAGCCUAACAAUUCUUCACGUCAGCCACAGUGCUUUCUACCUUGGGUUCCAGCGGCAGCCCAGAUUACUCCAACUAACUCCAACAAACCCCAAGACUGUUCCAAGGAACCCAAAGACUACUCCAAGAAACUCCAAGAAAACCAAUCACUACUUCAACAACAUCGAAAGAAACCCAAAGACUACUCCAACAAACCCAGAUUGUGUAUGUUUCCAUGUGUCCAUGGAGAAGGAAAAGGAAGCAGAGAGCCAGCGGGCGGUCAGUAACCUCAGCAGUGUAUCAGUUCAUUAUAGUGACUGUGAGUGAGCUAUGGCACUGCUAGAUGUGCUGGGUAAUUGUACACCAGGCCAGCACAGAGGGAGGAUGAUAAUGCUGGGAGUUGCUGUCUCACUCUGGUUUAUUCAUGAGUCUUUAGGGAGCAUUUUGGAGAGGGGAUAGUGUGUGUGUGAUGGAAGGAUGGGGGAAGGAUGUCGUGCUGCUGGAGAGGAGUUGAAGAUGUGCUGUUCUCUCAUAUGAAUAAUGAAUGACUGCCGCUAAAAUAGCCUGCUGUGGUCUAAGGCUAAUUCAGUAGGUGUGUGUAUGUGUGUGUGUGUGUGUGUGUGUGUGUGUGUGUGUGUGUGUGUGUGUGCGCGCGCAUGUUUUGUUGUUUGUUAUUAUUUCUCAGUAGAAACUCAUGUCAGAAAGACAGAGACUUACAAAGUGAGUUUGAGCAGCAGGACAAUGCUAUGGAUCAGUGGCUAGGGAAAUGAGCUAGAAAAUGGGCUGCAGGGACAGACAUGGCACACCAUAAGCGCCCAACCAGGCAAGAUAACAUAUCAUCGCUACCAUUUGUAGCUCAAUGUCUUUAGCCUCUCUGGGGUAACCAUCAGAGAUGGCCAUGGAGAGGGAGGAGGAGCAUGGUUUUCCAGUACCAUGGACAGCUACCCAACACUACUAUCCUCAGGAGUUGGAGGUAGCUAUCAUCAUCCCUGUUAACACACACACACACACAACAUAACCUAUUUCACACACAUAAUCCUCACAUAAAUCACACACACAGAAUCCCUUUCAGUGAAAGUUUCACACACAUUUGUUUUCAAUCUGGUAUAAAGUAGUAGAGCACCUUUCACCCAGUUGAGAAUUUGUGUUGAAAUACAUUCUGAGUUAACGUGACUCAUUCAGCCCCCUUAUUUCUUUCUUCCUCAUUCCCCCUCUCCUUGCCCUCUCACUCUCUCUCUGUCUGUCUCUUUCACUGUCUGUCUCUCUUCCUCUGUCUCUCUCUUUCUCUGUCUGUCUCUCUCUGUAUCUCCAUCUCUCUCUCUGUCUCGCUCUGUCUCUCUCUCUAUCACUCACUCUCUCAACUCAAUUAAGUUCAAGGGGCUUUAUUGGCAUGGGAAACAUACAGCGCCUUCGGAAAGUAUUCAGACCCCUUGACUUUUUCCACAUUUUGUUACGUUACUAACUUCUAAAAUGGAUUAAAUAUAUUUUUUUUUCAGCAAUCUACACACAAUACCACAUAACGACAAAAUGUUUGUAAAUGUAUUAAAAAUAAAAAACUGAAAUACUGUUUAAAUAAGUAUUCAGACCCUUUACUAUGAGACUCGAAAUUGAGGUCAAGUGCAUCCUGUUUCCAUUGAUCAUCCUUGAGAUGUUUCUACAACAUUAUUGGAGUCCACCUGUGGUAAAUUCAAUUGAUUGGACAUGAUUUGAAAAGACACACACCUGUCUAUUUAAGGUCCCACAAUUGACAGUGCAUGUCAGAGCAAAAACCAAGCCAUGAGGUCCAAAGAAUUGUCCAUAGAGUUCCGAGACAGGAUUGUGUCGAGGCACAGAUCUGGGGAAGGGUAUCAAAAAAAUUCUGCAGCAUUGAAGGCCCCCAAUAACACAUUGGCCUCCAUCAUUCUGAAAUGGAAGAAGUUUGGAACCACCAAGACUCUUCCUAGAGCUGACUGCCGGCCAAACUGAGUAAUUGGGGGAGAAGGGCCUUGCUCAGGGAGGUGACCAAGAACCCGAUGGUCACUCUGACAGAGCUCUACAGUUCCUCUGUGGAGAUGGGAGAACCUUCCAGAAGGACAACCAUCUCUGCAGCACUCCACCAAUCAGUCCUUUAUGGUAGUGGCCAGAUGGAAGCCACUCCUCAGUAAAAGGCACAUGACAGCCAGCUUGGAGUUUGCCAAAAGGCACCUAAAGACUGUCAGACCAAGAGAGACAAGAUUCUCUGGUCUGAUGAAACCAAGAUUGAACUCUUUGGGCUGAAUGCCAAGCGUCACGUCUGGAGGAAACCUGGCCCCAUCCCUACGGUGAAGCAUGGUGGUGGCAGCAUCAUACUGUGGGGAUGUUUUUCAGCAGCAGGGACUGGGAGACUAGUCAGGAUCGAGGCAAAGAUGGAAUGGAGCAAAGUACAGAGAGAUCCUUGAUGAUAACCUCCUCCAGAGCGCCCAGGACCUCAGACUGGACAAGCACAAAGACCCUAAGCACACAGCCAAGACAAUGCAGGAGUGGCUUCAGGACAAGUCUCUGAAUGGCCACCCAAAUCCCGGACUUGAACCUAAUCGAACAUCUCUGGAGAGACCUGAAAAUAGCUGUGCAGCGACGCUCCUUAUCCAACCUGACAGAGCUUGAGAGGAUCUGCAUAGAAGAAUGGGAGAAACUCCCCAAAUACAGGUGUACCAAGCUUGUAGCGUCAUACCCAAGAAGACUCAAUGCUGUAAUCGCUGCCAAAGGUGCUUCAACAAAGUACUGUGUAAAGGGUCUGAAUACUUAUGUAAAUGUGAUAUUUCAUUUUUUUAUUGUAAUAACUUAGCAACCUUUUCUAAAAACCUGUUUUUGCUUUGUCAUUUUGGGGUAUUGUGUGUAGAUUCAUGAGGGGGGAAAAACAAUUGAAUCAAUUUUAGAAUAAGGCUGUAACUUAACAGAAUGUGGAAAAAGUCAAGGGGUCUGAAUACUUUCCGAAGACACUGUACAUUUACACUAAUUCUUUGUGGAUCUGUGUAAUCUGAGGGGAAUAUGUGUCUCUAAUAUGGUCAUACAUUUGGCAAGAGAUUAGGAAUUGCAGCUCUAUUUCCACCUCAUUUUGUGGGCAGUGUGCACAAAGCUUGUCUUCUCUUGAGAGCCAUGUCUGCCUACAGCGGCCUCUCUCAAUAGCAAGGCUAUCCUCACUGAGUCUGUACAUAUUCAAAUCUUUCCUUAAUUUUGGGUCAGUCACAGUGGUCAGGUAUUCUGCCACUGUGUACUCUCUGAUAAGGGUCAAAUAGCAUUCUAGUUUGCUCUGUUUUUUUGUUAAUUCUUUCCAAUAUGUCAAGUGAAUAUCUUUUUGUUUUCUCAUGAUUUCUCUCCCACUGUCAUCUGUCAUUGCAUCGUGGGUUGUAAUGGGUACAUGGGGUUAAAAGACGCAUGUACCCUAGGCCUUUCUCUCAGCCAUAAUCCAACCCCCUCCCUUCACUCUCUCUCCAUCUCUUUCCCUCUCACACUCUUUAUCACUCUUCCUCUGUUUCGUUUCCCUCCUGCGCUUUCACUCUCUUCUAACUUCACGUCUCUCUCGUUCUAUCUACACUAAAUGACCAAAAGUAUGUGGACACCUGCUUGUCGAACAUCUCAUUCCAAAAUCAUAGGCAUUAAUAUAGAGCUGGUCCCCCUUUUCCUUCUAUAACAGCCUCCACUCUUCUGGGAAGGCUUUCCACUAGAUGUUGGAACAUUGCUACAGGGACUUGCUUCCAUUCAGCCAAAAGAGCAUUAGUGAGGUCAGGCACUGAUGUUGGGCGAUUAGGCCUGGUUUGCAGUCGGCGUUCCAAUCCAUCCCAAAGGUGUUCAAUGAGGUUAAGGUCAGGGCUCUGUGAAGACCAUUCAAGUUCUUCCACACCGAUCUCGACAAACCAUUUCUGUGUGGACCUUGCUUUGUGCACGGGAGCAUUGUCAUGCUGAAAGGGCCUUCGACAAAUUGUUGCCACAAAGUUGGAAGUACAGAAUCGUCUAGAAUGUCAAUGUAAGCUGUAGUGUUAAGAUUUCCCUUCACUGGAACUAAGGGGCCUAGCCCGAACCAUGAAAAACAGCCCCAGACCAUUAUUCCUCCUUCACCAAACUAUACAGUUGGCACUAUGCAUUUGGGCAGAUAGCGUUCUCCUGGUAUCCGCCAAACCCAGAUUCGUCCGUCAGGACUGCCAAGUGGUGAAGUGUGAUCACUCCAGAGAAUGCGUUUCCUCUGCUCCAGAGUCCAAUGGCGGUGAGCUUCACACCACUCCAGCCGACGCUUGGCCUUUCGCAUGGUGAUUUUUGGCUUCUGUGUGGCUGUUCGGCCAUGGAAAGCCAUUUCAUGAAGCUCCUGACGAACAGUUAUUGUGCUGACGUUGCUUCCAGAGACAGUUUGGAACUUGGUAGUGAGUGUUGCAACCGAGGACAGACAACUUUUAUGCACUACAUGCUUUAGCACUCAGCGGUCCCAUUCUGUGAGCUUGUGUGGCCUACCACUUCCCGGCUGAGCUGUUGUUGCUCCUAGAUGUUUCCACUUCACAAUAACUGCACUUACAGUUGACCGGGGCAGCUCUAGCAGGGCAGAAAUUUUACGAAUUGACUUAUUGGUAUCCAAUGACGGUGCCAAGUUGAAGGUCACAGUAAGGUCCUUCUACUGCCAGUGUUUGGUUAUGGAGAUUGCAUGGCUGUGUGCUCCCUUUUAUACACCUGUCAGCAACAGGUGUGGCUGAAAUAGCUAAAUCCACUAAUUUCAAGGGGUGUCCACAUACUUUUGUAUAUAUAGUGUAUCUCUAUCUCCCUCCUCUUUCUCAGCCCGUCGUAGUCCAUCUGCUGUCUGUCUGUCUGUACGUAUCUAUGUCUUGGUGGUUAGUGAUAGAAAGAGCGUGCUGUACAGUUAUUUGUGGGAGAUGGGGUUAGAUAGGGAGCUCUGCGCUCCAGCAUUCUGGCUGGCUGCAGGGGGACAGGGAGUGGGUAAGGAGCACUCAGGCUGAGAUGUAGCCUACAGUACACGGCUGGGUGUCUUAUUAUGUAGGCCAAGCCAUCAGGCUGUGCAUUACCAUUGGUGGGUGCUUGAGGAUCCACCAACAGAAACAUUAGAAGAAUCCAUUUAAACCUAUUAUCUUGGAGUGUGGCGUCUGGUGACUGUUGGGUUAAAAAGCUCAGAUGGUGUCAGAUGAAUUGUAGCUCAAGCACUAAUGUUAGUAUACAUGUAUAACAAAACAUUGACAUAUUAUAAAUAGCAUAUUCUCAUACUUUGUUUGAAUGUUGUUGUUUUUUGUCGUCCCUU